CGCGGUCCACUUCUCGCUCACUCCUCUCCUGCUCGGGUCCCGCUGCUGAUGGGCUUUUCUGGCCUUUCACAGUCCCCAAAUGGACCUGUUUCUGUCUCUUCUUUCAUUCUUAUUGCAUCUUUUGUACGUAAACUGUGAUUUAGACACGGAGGCACUCGUGGACGUGAAAGUGGACCGCUACUUCAUGCCCACGCGCUGUCCCAGAGAAGUCCAGAGCGAAGAUUUUGUACGAUACCAUUUCAACGGGACUCUGUACGCGGACGGGAAGCAGUUCGACUCCAGUCAUGACAGAAGUACAGCCAUCGUGUCCCAGGUGGGCUCAGGUAACCUCCUGACCGGCAUCGACAGAGGACUUCAGGGCAUGUGCGUGAACGAGCGGAGGAAGAUUUACGUCCCGCCGCAUCUCGCCUUCGGGACGGUCGGAGCAGGUGGCGUGAUCCCUCCCAAUGCUACCCUGGUUUAUGACGUCCUCCUUCUGGACAUAUGGAACCCAGACGAUAAGGUCCAAAUCCGAACUUUGUACAAACCGGAAAACUGCAUCCGAUCUGCGACCGCCUCAGACUUUGUGCGUUACCAUUACAACGGGACGCUACUGACGGGACAAACCUUCGAUUCCAGUUACUCAAGGAAUGCGACCUAUGACACGUACUUGGGGCAGGGUGAGCUCAUCGCGGGGAUGGAGGAGGGGCUUCUGGGGAUGUGUGUGGGGGAGAGGAGGGUCGUCAUCGUGCCCCCUUUUCUCGGUUAUGGAGAGAAUGUCACUGGAACCACAGUGCCCCCUCAGGCCUCUCUGGUGUAUGAGGUGCUGAUGAUCGACGUGUUUAACUCCAAAGAUAAUGUAACUGUAACAGUGAAGGAGGUCCCAAAGUUCUGCAGCCGAAGAACCAAAACUGGAGACUUCAUCCGAUAUCACUAUAAUGGGACUUUUCAGGACGGGACCCCCUUUGAUUCGAGUUAUCAGAGAAACAACACCUAUAACACGUAUAUUGGGAUGGGGUACGUGAUCAGAGGGAUGGACCAGGCUCUGCAGGGUCUGUGCAUCGGAGAGAAGAGGAGAGUCAUCAUCCCUCCUCACAUGGCCUAUGGAGAGACUGGAGUGGAAAACCUCAUUCCCAGUUGGACGGUCCUGGUUUUUGACAUUCACGUUAUUGACUUCCAUAAUCCCAAAGACCCAGUGGAGAUCCGGACUGUCCUGAAACCUCCAGACUGUAAAGAGACCAGCGAGGCCAACGACUGGCUCCAGUACCGCUACAACUGCUCCCUGAUGGACGGGACUCUGCUGUACUCAUCAGACCAGUACGACUCUCCCUCGAUCGCGACUUUGGGGGUGAACGCUGUGAUCUCGGGGCUGGAGACUGGUCUGAGUGGCAUGUGUGUGGGGGAGAGGAGGGAGGUGGUCAUCCCUCCACACUGGGGCCACGGGGAAAACGAAGCGUCAGGGGUCCCAGCCAGUGCAGUCCUGCUGUUUGAGUUGGAGUUGGUGCAGUUACAGAAGGGUGUCCCUGAUGGGUUCAUGUUUGUGUGGUUGGAGGAUGGACCUGAGCCUCUGUUUCCUGCGAUGGACCUGAACGGAGACAAAGAGGUGCCUCUAGAGGAGUUUUCAGAAUUCAUCAAGCUCCAAGUUCGUGAGGGCAAAGGACGCCUACGACCCGGAGUGGACCAAGAAAGUGUCAUAAGAGACAUGUUUUAUAAUCAGGACAGCAACAGAGACGGAAAAAUUAUAGAGGAUGAAGUACAACUCAAAGAUGACACAGUGCCACAGAGGGACGAGUUUUAAAAUAUUUCAGAAAAUGGACCAAAGAUGAAGUCUUAAUGACCCUUAAUGGCGCUGACCUGUCAAAAUACGCCCAUACGGUACCACUAAACAGAUGAAGAUUUAAAGUAAAAAAAAAAAAGUAAAAAAUACUUAUAAUUUAUAUCCUUUCAAAUGAACUAAUUACAACAAAAAAAUGAUGGAUUUCAGGUUGAUGAUGGUUGAAAAUUUGAAGGUUUUAAAUAAUUAAUUGCUAUGGUAACAUACAAAAUUUUCCAUCAACCUGAAUUUGCCUUUUACCUAUCAAAAUGCAGAUGAUUUGUGAAACUAUAACAUUAAUAUAGCAAGUUUGAGGACCCAUUCUUUACAAAAUAAUUAUAAGGGUUGGCAUGUGUUGCUGUUUUUGGUUUGGAUAUUAUUUUACAGAAACAGUUCAUUCCUUCAUCUGAAAUUAUGACUUUUACAUUUUAGAGAUUGGGCUGGACCUUUGGACAUUCCUUUUAACUCUUGUCAAGUUAAACAAGAGUCUGUUGUGAAUUCUGCUGAAGCCACUAGGAAGAUUUGUUAGAGACUAUUAUGCAAUUUUAUGUUACUUGAAUCAAUGUUAAUAUAUAAGAUAAACAUGUUUUAUUACAGAAAUGA